UUCGUCUUGUUCUGUGAAAGAUAUUAUAAAAAGGACUAAACAUGAGUCCUCCAACUACACAAUACGGUAUCCAAAGUACUGCUGGAGCAGUUCCAGUUAAAAAUACAAAAGGUGAAAUAUCUAUGCAGAAGGUAAAAGUACAUCGUUACGUUUCGGGAAAGAGGCCAGAAUACGCACAAUACGCCAGCAGUGAUGAAGAGUCGGAGGAUGACGACUUCUUGGAACACCGUCGGACAAAUGAGGAACAGCAGCAGCGAGAAGAUUCUGACGAUAAUGAUCUACCAGAUGAUGUGGACGAUCCCCGUAUCCGCCGCCUGCAAGCGAUUCGUUCGGAAACGCAGGACGACCUAGAACGGGAACGCAAAGAACGACACCGGGUUAUACACGAACCCGAGCUGGUGGAUUCAGACGAUGACAAGGAGGAGCAGAGUGAUGAUGGUGCCGAUAAUGAACGACGACGGUACAGUGACGAUGAACGGGAGCAGACAAAUGCAUCAUCCCGUCGGAGACGCAUUUCCCUAGGUUCCGAGUCGGAAUCGGAAGCCGAACUGAGCGAUGCGGAGAUCGAGCGUAGGCGUAAUUUGCUGAAAGCGAAAAUGCUUCAGCAAAAGCAACGCGAAGAAGAGGAACUGCUGCAAAAGCAGGAGGAAGAGGGCAUGUCGGAUUCGGAAGAGUCGGAAAGCUCCGAGUAUGAGGAGGAAACGGAAAGUGAUGAGGAAAAUGAACCACGACUAAAGCCACUGUUCGUACGCAAGAAGGACCGUACUACGAUCAUCGAGAAAGAACGAGAAGCAAACCGGCAGAAGCAGCUCGAGUACGAGACGAAAAAGAUGGCCAAAGAGCGAAGGAAACAGACGCUCCGUUUGGUGGAGGACACCAUCAAGAAGGAGCUGGAAAAAACGAAGGUCGAAAACGAACCAUCGUUGAACGACGUUAACACGGACGACGAGAACGACGAGGUGGAAUAUGAAGCGUGGAAGCUGCGCGAAUUGAAACGCAUCAAGCGAGACCGCGAGGAGAAGGAACAGGUCGAGAAGGAAAAGCAGGAAAUCGAACGGCUGCGCAACAUGACGGAAGAGGAACGGCGCCAGGAGCUACGCAACAAUCCAAAGCAGGUCACCAACAAAAACGUGAAGGGCAAGUACAAGUUCCUGCAGAAGUACUACCAUCGCGGUGCAUUCUACCUCGACCAGGAGGACGACGUGUACAAGCAGGACUUCUCAGCACCGACGCUCGAGGAUCACUUUGACAAGACGAUCCUGCCGAAGGUGAUGCAGGUGAAAAACUUUGGCCGGUGUGGUCGCACUAAGUACACGCACCUGGUCGACCAGGACACGACCAAGUUCGAUUCACCGUGGGUAGCGGACACGGCCAACAGUACGAUCUUCCAUUCGGAGCGUGCCGGUGGGAUGAAGCAGGUGUUCGACAAACCUUCGCUUUAUCGCAAAAAGCGUGACGCAUAGAUAUUUAUUCGAAUUAAACG